GCUGAAUCUUUGAAUGUUCUGCCUGACUAUGAUUUUAGUUGGAUAAAAGACAAGGAAAAUGGGUUACGCAGACGAUUCUUAGAUAAAAAGAUAGAAAAGCAAGACCAAGAUUACCGAAUAAAACUAUUUGAUAAACUGUCUAAAACUAAUGUUUAUGCUGAUGAUAUAUUGCAUAGUGAAAUAAGUAAAACAAAUCCACGUUUUAAGUAUUUAAAAAAAUAUGAAACCUUAUACCGCAAAUUUUUGUCCAUGAAAGGAGUGAAGUAUGUUUACAAAAGAGAUUUUUUCUGGAGAACAUGGCGCUUGAUAAAUAACACGAAUAAUACAGUUAUUUGCUAUAAGUGUAACAGUUUUAAUUCAUCAAGUUCUCAGUGUGGAUAUUGGGUUAUAGAAGAGAAGCCUCCACCUUGUCCACAUGAAAUAUUUUCUUUAACCGAUUCCAAAACGCUAUGCGUUGUAAAUUAUACGGGAUUUCAUAACGCUUCUCAAUCUUGCCCUUCAAAAAUACACCUCGAAGAAUUGUUGGAAACUUGUAAUAAUCCGAUAAUGACGAAAUGGAGGAUUCAAAGGAAUUACAGUGCUGCGGAUCAGAGUGCAAUCGAUGUUUGUCAAGGAAGUGAGAGUUGCGAAAUGACUACCAUAUACACGAUUAACAAGGAUUCAAUAAUAUUCAGAUUAAUAAAUUCCACAAAUCACAUAUUCUACUCCCGUGUCAUGAAAAGCGGAAACAAAAACUAUGCUUGUGACGAAGACUGUGGUUACUUUAAUCCACUUACACAAGCUAUCAGAAAAAAUAACCAACAUUUAGUACUAAAUUUAUUAAAUUACAAUCUAAAAAAUAAAAGAGAAGACAUAAUUUCAAAAAAGAUCGUCAACAAGAGUAAAAUUAACGAUCCUUUAAAAAAAUCGGUUUUUAAAUAUGGACUUCACUAUAAACAAGUGUCAAAAAAGCAGUACACAGAUAAAAAACCGAAUAUAGUCAACAAUUCGAAAUCUCUAUGCAAAAUACUCCAAGAUUCAUAUUUGGAUGUGAAAGAAAAUUACUCUGAUUAUGAUUUUUAA